AUGGUGAAGAAGGUGGCGAAACGAGGCACCAAACGCGCGGCGUCCCAACCCGAGGCUGACAAUUCAGACUCCGAGGGCCAUGCCACGGUCAUCGAGCAGGCCAUCGCAGGGGACGCGAGCCAGCCUUCGCCGGCAGGCCCUGCGCCUGGGACGGAGCCCUACCCCCCUCCCAACCCCCCUCCCACAGACCGCCCCGUGCGGGUCUAUGCCGACGGCAUCUUCGACCUCUUCCACUUUGGGCAUGCCAGGGCCCUUGAGCAGGCAAAAAAGAGCUUCCCCGACGUGCACCUGCUGGUGGGGGUCUGCAACGACGAGGUGACCCACCGGAACAAGGGCAAGACUGUGAUGACGGAGGGCGAGCGGUACGAGGCGCUGCGCCACUGCCGCUGGGUGGACGAGGUGGUCCCCGACGCACCGUGGCACAUCACCGAGGAGUUCCUUGACGCGCACGCCAUCGACUUUGUGGCUCACGACGCGCUGCCCUACGCGGACGUGACGGGGGCCUCGGACGACGUGUACGGUUUCGUCAAGCGCCUGGGGCGGUUCAAGGAGACGCAGCGCACCGAGGGCGUGUCCACCUCUGACCUCAUCCUGCGCAUAGUCAAGGACUACAACGAGUACGUGCUGCGCAACUUGUCGCGUGGCUACUCGCGCAAGGACCUGGGCGUGAGCCUGCUCAAGGAGAAACGCAUCAAGGCCUCCGCCUCCAUGCGCGACUUCUCGGCGCGCAUGCGCGACGGCCGCCUGCGCGUUGCUGACGGCAUCCGCAAGCACAUGAACCCGCGCCUCCGCGUGCUCCCCGCCGAGGUGGAGCGCAAUGUCAAGGACUUUGCCACCAGCGUGGAGAGCCUGGUGGACAAGGUGGCCUCCGGCGACCUGGGCGUGGAGCUGAUCGAGAACAUGGACCGCCUGGUCAGCGGCUUCAUCGGCAACUUUGAGCGCCGCUACUCGCGCUUCGAGAAGAGCAUCAAGUCGCUGGGGCGGAACAUGCGCCGCAACUCCCAACCCCUCCUCCAGAGCCCAUGA